CUGUUUCUUCAGUCCCUCCAUCCCUCUCAUCCCGCUCCCCUCCCCCAUCUCCUCGUCGCUACCUGCUCUGUCUUUUGCGUCUCAUCUCUCAGUUGGUCCGUGCUCUCUGUCACUGACUGAAACAGGCGAGAUAUUGAGCUGGUUUGUGGUCUGGAACAGGUUGACAGAUUUUUAAGUAGGAUGUCUAUAGUGAAUAUUGUUGCCAGGGAGAUCUUGGACUCCAGGGGAAACCCCACUGUGGAAGUAGAUCUGCAUACAGACAAAGGUCUUUUCAGGGCUGCUGUUCCCAGUGGUGCCUCCACAGGCAUCUACGAGGCUCUGGAGCUCCGAGAUGGCGACAAGACUCGCUACAAGGGCAAAGGUGUGACAAAGGCUGUUGCUCACAUUAAUGACACCCUUGGACCCGCCCUCAUCCAGUCUGGAAUCAGUGUGCUGGAGCAGGAGAAGCUGGACAAUGUGAUGAUUGAAAUGGACGGCACUGACAACAAAUCUAAGUUUGGCGCCAACUCUAUUCUGGGAGUAUCGCUGGCCAUAUGCAAAGCUGGCGCAGCAGAGAAAGGUGUCCCCCUGUACCGUCACAUUGCUGACCUGGCAGGAAACAGAGAGCUGGUCCUCCCUGUUCCUGCUUUUAAUGUGAUCAAUGGAGGCUCUCACGCUGGGAACAGGCUGGCCAUGCAGGAAUUCAUGGUUCUUCCAGUGGGUGCCGAGUCUUUCCGUGAUGCUCUGCGUGUGGGGGCGGAACUCUACCAGACACUGAGAAGUGUCAUCAAGGAGAAAUAUGGUCAGGAUGCUACAAAUGUGGGUGAUGAAGGAGGGUUUGCCCCUAACAUACAAGAGAACAGUGAAGCUCUGGAGCUGAUAAAGACAGCCAUAGAAAAGGCCGGCUUCACAGAUAAGGUGGUGAUAGGGAUGGAUGUUGCUGCUUCAGAGUUCUUCAGCGAGGGCAAAUAUGACCUGGACUUUAAGUCUCCACCAAAUGCUGCCCGCAACAUCACCGCUGAUGAGCUGGCCGCCAUCUACCAGGGGUUCAUUAAUAACUACCCAGUGGUGUCUAUUGAAGAUCCCUUUGACCAGGAUGACUGGCCCGCUUGGUCUCAGUUCACAGCCUCAGUGGGUAUCCAGGUUGUUGGAGAUGAUCUGACAGUCACCAACCCACGAAGAAUACAACGAGCUGUGGAGGAAAAAGCCUGCAACUGUCUGCUCCUCAAAGUCAACCAGAUUGGGUCUGUUACAGAGGCCAUCAAAGCGUGCAAGCUGGCACAGGAGAACGGCUGGGGCGUGAUGGUGAGCCACCGCUCAGGAGAGACAGAGGACACUUUUAUAGCUGACCUGGUGGUUGGUCUCUGCACUGGACAGAUCAAAACUGGAGCUCCCUGUCGAUCUGAACGCCUGGCCAAAUACAAUCAGCUCAUGAGGAUUGAGGAAGAGCUGGGCGAUCAGGCUCGCUUUGCUGGACACAACUUCCGCAACCCCAGUGCCAUUUAGGGAGUGGGGUGCCGGUGUUCUUAGCAGACAAAAUGAGAGAGAACAAAAAAACCCACGCAUACAUAUAUAUAGUGUCAUAUUUCCCUAAUUAGUUUUAUGUGGUGAGAGGUUUACGUGUAUCAGCAAAGCACUAAACACACAAAGAUGAACUUAAAAGCAUCAAAAUGAAUUAGUUUUCACAUUAUAGCUACAAUAUAUUGAUCUAACACUUCAGUGAGUGAUAGAGAUGAUUGCCUACAGCCAGCCUCCACGAAUCCUAACAAAGCCUGGUGGAGGAAAAAAAAAAUCUACUGAACUACUGAGUCACACUCCCCUUCACGGGCUUGUUAGUUUCUCUCACUUUCCUGAACCCCCUGACUCUCUCCUUUUCACUUGCUGCAGAAGUGUUUUGAUCUUUUUUGUGCCCUGUUGUUUCCUCCUCUUCCUCCUUCUCCUCCUCCUGUUUAACAGCUUGCUGCAAAGUUGUGUCUGCUACUUUGUCUGUUCAAAGUGAAGCUUAAUAAAGAGAUGGAUAUAUGUUAACUCUAACCAAA